AUGAUUAGUUUUGAUCACGAGAAGUUGAAAAGACUAGUUGAUUUAGUUACUGUUGUACCAGACGCUAACAGUGGACAUUAAAGAGGUCACAAGUUCCCAUUCAUUGCCAGUGAAAUCUUCAAUUGCGAGAUCAACUCUCUCUUAGACAAAUUCUUUGAUGCCCCAGAGUUUAAGAAAAAGGAGGCUUCAGAGCAUGAAGAAGAAGAUUCGGAAGAAGAUAAAUCUACUAACGUGAAAGAAGAGACCAAGGAUGAGGAGGAAGAAAAGAAAGAGAAUGAGGCUGCCCCAUCCCAAGAACAAGAGGAGGAAAAGAAAUAGCCAGAAGAAGAAGCAGUAGAAUAGAAAACUGAGGAAAAGGAAUAAUCAACUCCAGAAGGUGAAUAAAAAGAAGAGUCAGCUGAAACUGCAGUGGCUACAGAGACAACUGAUGACAAAGAAAUCCCUCCUGAAGAGGAAAAACUUAAGGAUGCUGAGUAAGUUGAAGAAACAACAUCUGUUGAGGCAAAAGUAGAGGAAGAAAUAAAAGAACCAGAGGUUAAAGCUGACGAGACCAAGGAAGCAGAAGUAACUGAGCUUGAUAAGGAACAGGAGCAAGAACAAACUCCAACGGCUGGCAUAAGUUAGGCAUAACCCAUUUCUGAACCUGAACCAGAAGAAGAAACUAAGGAAGAGGAGAAAGGAGGCAAAUAUUUGCUUCUCGAGAGACUAUUCAAGUUCAUCAGAACCAAAGAGACCCCACUUAACCCAGUUCUUUCUGGAUAUUUUGCUAAAUUGGUGACCAUCCUCAUCAACAGAAAAUAAAAAAAUCUCAUUCCCUACGUUUUCGCCCCAGAAUCUGAUGUAAUUGACUGCCUUCUACAUCAUGUCCAAUAAAAGUCAAUCUCAGAAAUUCUAAACAAAUUCUUAAACAUCCAAGAUCACGAUUUUGAGAGUACUAUCUCAGCUGAAAUUAAGAGCAAACAACACCAUGUUCUUUAAUCACUUGUAGAAAAACUUAGCCCAGAGGCUACUGAGGAGGAUAACCUAAACGGUAGUGCUAUUCUUACUGAUAUGCUCGAUACCAAGGAAUUCUUUAAUGUCAUUUGCCAGAGAAAACACAUUUAAAGAUUACUUGACCUUGCAUUUACUGAAACUGAAAACCCAACUGCUUCAAGUUAAAAUGCUGCUCUCCAAGUCUUGAACUCUCUUAUCUAAAUUUACCACGAAAAGAGAAAAGAUGAUCAUAGAUCAUCUAACAACAAUGACAACGAAGAUGAGGACACCAUCAUCUAGAAUGAGGAUGAAGAAGGCCAAGAAUCCCCAUUAGUUGAGAUUCUUUCCCAAUCUGUCUCUAAACUUAUUGCAUAUCUUUCAUCACCAGCUGCAGCCCCUAGAUAAGAAAUUGAUUCAUCUUAUGACAUCAAACUCGCCCCACUUGGCCAUCUUAGACUAAGAAUCAUUGACCUCAUCUAUUAAUUAGUAAAGUUAAAUAAGGCAUCUAUCCUCAACAGUCUUGCUGAGACUAAUGUAUUCGCUUAAAUCUCAGGAUUAGUUGAAAGAUACCCAUGGAACAAUUUCUUACAAUUAAAGGUGCAAUCCCUCUAUGAGGAAAUCUUUGAAAAUUAAAAUGCUGAUUUCAGAGGCAAGGUACUCUAAGGAAGUAACCUUGCACAAACCUUGAUAUCUUUAUCAAAGUCAAAGGUAUUUGAGCACCCAUCAAAGAGAGGUAUUCGCCACGGAUAUAUGGCUCUUGUGGUUAAGAUCGCCAAUCUUAUUCAAAAGAACAAGGAAAAGCAAGAGGUAUAAAAUUACUUGAACAGUCUUCCUUAGCCUGAGGAUUGGUAGAAAUUUGUUGAUGGUGAGCUUAAGAGUUCAAAUGAUACCAACAGCAAAAAUCUUGGUGGUCAACAGCCAAGAACAUCUAUGGAUGAUGACGACAACGAGAAAGACUAUGAGAUGAACAUGGAGAAAAUUAUGGCUAAGUUCACUAACUUCAAUGCAAGCAUGUCAAAUAAGAGCAAUAAUGAAAAUGACGAUGAAGAAGAUGACGAUACCGAAAUUGACAGAAAAAAUAGUGAUGAUUAAGAUGAAGAAGAAAAGAAGGAAGAGGAUUCUAAAGAGUCACAAAAUUAGGCUCAAGAAUCAUCUACUUCUGAUAAGCAAAAUGUGCAAUAGAACGAAGACGCUCCAAAGAUUAUUCCUUCAGAGUUCAAGGAACCAGAGCCACUCCAAGGUGAAUUCGCAGACAACGAAUUCUGGAGGCCCAUCAAUAUCCUCGAGGGAUAAUCUGUCGAUGAUCUUUUAGCAGAUUACGAAUGA